GAUAGAUAGCAAGCAUGGAGGAGGGGAGAGGCUUUCAGGGACAAUAGGGUUUCUUGGUGGGGGACCCUCAUCGGAUCAGGCGUGGAUCCUGGAAAGCCCCCCACCAAACACCUCUCCAGAGGCUGCGGAGGCGAGAGGGGAUUUCCAGUCUUGAAGAGCAUCUUUCCUUCCUUCCUUCCUUCCCUCCUUCCUUCCUUCUCUUUCUGCCCACCAGGAUGAGGACCAGGACGCUGGGGGGGCUUUGCCUGUUGGGAGUCCUGACUGCAACUUGUAUGGCUGUGCAGUUUGUCCCUGCAAAGACCUAUGAGGACUGGUGGGCUUACAAGGAGACGCUUCAUGGUAGCUUUGUGCCAGGUCCCCCAUUUUGGGGUCUUGUGAAUUCGGCCUGGAGUCUCUGUGCCAUUGGCAAACGUCAGUCACCGGUAGAUGUUAACACUAGCCAAAUGGUGUUUGACCCCUUCCUUCCCCCACUUCGACUAAGCACAGGUGGGAAAAAGAUCAGUGGCACCAUGUACAACACGGGACGACAUGUCUCCUUUCGGCCAGACCCACUGCAGCUGGUUAACGUCUCUGGAGGGCCGCUGUUAUACAGCCACCGGCUCCAGGAGAUACGCUUGCACUUUGGAAGUGAAGAUGGAUUUGGCUCUGAACAUGAGAUUGAUGGCGAGACUUAUUCUGCUGAGGUGCAGCUGAUCCACUACAACCAAGAACUCUACCCCAAUAUCUCAGAAGCCUCACGCAAUCCCAAUGGCCUGGCCGUCAUUUCAAUCUUCGCCAAUAUUGGACCAAGUCCCAACCCAUUCCUAACCAGACUGUUAAACAGAGAAACGAUUACAAGGAUCUCAUAUAAAAAUGAUGCUUACCUUCUUCAUGACCUGAGCCUUGAAGAUCUUUAUCCGGAGGCAUUUGGUUUUAUCACCUACCAGGGAUCCAUGUCAACCCCACCGUGCUAUGAAACAGCCACUUGGAUCCUCAUUGACCGACCCAUCAAUAUUACCUCUGUACAGAUACACUCCCUUCGUCUUCUCAGCCAGAAUCUCCCUUCCCAAAUUUUCCGGAGCAUGAGUGACAACUCAAGACCUCUCCAGCCCCUCUUGCACCGAAGCCUUCGGGGCAACCGAGACCCUCGGCGCCCUACUCGACGUUGCAAAGGGGGCAACUUUAGGCUACAUGUUGAUGGCACACGGCCUCCCAAAACCAUUGUGUAGCUGAAGCCUGGCGCAGCACGUUUUCUCCCAUUGAAUGCUUGAGGGUGGCUGUCGCUCCUUCAAAAUGUGAUGUCUGACUACAACCUCCCACCUCUGGGUGACUCGUUGGCCUCCCGCCAUGAACAGGGGAAUAAUGUAGGGUGUGAAUCCACAUUUGAGUUUUCAUCUCAAUGGUGCUCGGAACACACAUGCUUACCCUGGUGUGGCUUCCAGAGGUUUUCCAAAAUAAGACCAGGGCUAUUUGUAAGCAGAAUGUGGCAUGCUUCCCAUUGAACAGCCAUAUCUUAAUAGGGAGUGGGAGCCCCCCAGAAGCUUGAGGACUAAAAUCUUGCCCACUGACAUUGCCUCCCUGCAUUCCCAAAGAAAAUUAUCUUUGUUCUAGACAUCCAGUAUAUUUGAAAUCUCUAUGAGCCCCACAUGUUAGGGAGUGUACCCCAAAUUCUGGGCAGCCCAAUUAAGCUGGACUGUACUUUAAAUGCUGCACUUACCUCAGAAUGUUUUCUUGGGCAUAUAAGUAAUGGAAACUACCCUCCUCCGUGUCUGAGUGAGACCCCAAGAUGUUUGUGGGCAAUACUCAGGGCCAUGGGGCACCAAAAUCCAAGUAGGAUGGUUUCCCCCAUACAUGUUAAUGUCCUGAACUUCAGAAUGUUUUUGGGGAGGGGGAUGCAGAAAUACAGUGGGAAUAACCCCAGAAUCCUGAAUUACUUUCAUUAUUUGCAAAGGGGGGGGGGUGGACUUGCACUAAUGGGAGGUAAUCUACGGUGGAAAAUACAGAUAAAAUAUCUAUCCUGGGAAGUUUAGGAAAAUACGAAGACCAAUUCUACAGGAUUAUGAUAAUAUCUGAAUGGUCUUCAAGAGAGGAAAACAUUUUAUUGCCAAAAGAAAUCUACUAUUUGAAUAUGGAUGAAUAUUACUGAUUUUAAAAAAAUAAUUUUCAAAACAA